CCUUGCUCACCACAGGCGAGUCAUGUGGUCUCGUAACCAUGGCAAUGGUAAAUUCCAGCGCAGGUUAGCUAAACAUAUGUGCGUAAAAUGACAUCAAUACAGAAAGAAAUAUUUGAUUGUGUACUUUGUGGGGACUUGGAUAGCAUUAAGGCGCAUUUUGAACGGGAAGGUUUCGCAGAGGAGACGCAGGAACAAGAUCUGUUCGGACUGAAGGACGAGGGAGGGAGAAAUGCCCUGUUAACUGCCUGUAUGUUGGAGAGGAGCGACAUCCUCCGAGAACUGGUCAGACACGGAGCACAGGUGGACGUGCAGACAGUCAGGGGUUAUUCAUCACUGCACCUUGCUGCUUGUUGGGGCCACCUGGAGACUGUGAGGACUCUUCUUGAACUGGGAGCUGACACAAAAGCCAAGACCUUCAGAGGAGAGCGACCUGUAGACCUGGCCAGGAGAUACUCCAAGACAGACUGCGCUGAUUGUCUCCUCCUGGCAGAAUGUCUGCACACGUGUUUGUUCUGCCAAGUCAGACUGGAUUCAGAGUGUGAAAAACCCAACAGUCUCAGACUUCAUGGCUCAACAGAAAGACAUGGCAGAGACUCUUCAGCCCAUUCUCAGCAAGCUGUCAGCUCAGUCUGAGGUGCCUGUCGAACCAGUAAGGAAGGUCUGAAGCCGAAGAUCUGUACAUCAUUGCUCCAAUAAAUGUCCAAAACAUGUUAGAAUGUUUUCAGUGUUUAAUGUUUGGAAAUGGAUAUUCAUUUGUAAAUGAAAGAACACACAUUCUGACAAAUUGCUUCAAAGGUUGAAUAAUACCAAAUGUGCAUGAAAAAUGUAGAAUUUGUCAAGGUGAUGAGGGAGUUAUGAUAAUAUGAUCUAUAAUUUACAUUUGAUAUGAACUGAAAUUACAUGUGACAUGUAUCAUCAGGUGUAAAUGCCUCUCAUGUUUAAUGUCACUUCAUUACUUUGUUAUGAUUAUGUUAUAAUGUAUUA